UGAGCCGAAAAGCUCAAGGACAGCACCCAGACCCUGAGUUCAAGGCUUAGGACUGGGAUAUGUGUGUGCGUGUGCACACACAUGCACGCCCACACGCGUGCAUCAAAUGAUUCUUUGCUAAUGGUUGGCUGAAACUCUUUCAUAAAAACACAUGUGCCAGUGUGAGCAGGAGAGUCCGGACAAGGCUUCAUAUAAGGCUGUCCUAUAAGCCUAAGUACCACAUCCCACAUAUGCAGUGUGGUCACUUUGCUGAAAUCAUUGGCCUGCAUUUGGCAUAAAGUGAAUGAUAAGACAGAUUCCUGUCUGGGACUAGAAUCUGUGUCUUCUUGGGCCCUCAUCCUCAUGGGCUGUGUGCUAUACCCAUGUAGUCCUCUCCCAAGGGGGCAGUGUCCCACUGCCCUAGGCCAGAGAGUAUAGUUCCUCUUCCCCAGCCUGAAACUGAAACACCUCUGUUCUUCUAAGACCCCACCUGUAGGUGAAGCAGGGACCUGUGCUGUGGAAGGUAUCUUCAGAAUCAAGUCACCCGAGCAUGCCUGUUGCUUCCAUGAUGCUCUGUCAAGUAAAAAGUCUUCUGAGAGGGCUCUGAAUGUGCAGCUGUUGGAGGAAAUACCACUCAUCCCUCAACAGUUCUGGGUGCCCUUUCCUGAGAAAUUGUUCUCUUGGUCACCAGCAGUGAGCCUCACCCACCCUGCUUGACUCUUCCACCUUGGACCAUGGGCCUACAAGGUAUAGCUGACAGGCUCAUGAGCUCUCUAUGGCUCAGCAGACCUGGGUGUGCCGAUCACUGACCAUGUGGGGUGUGAGGGCUGAUGUCUGCAGCACUCCUCGAGGAGGGGCAGACCCUGAUAAUCUCAGCUUACCAGCAGAGCCACAGGCAUGGCACUGAAACACAUCGUGCUUCUGGCUGGCCUCCUAGUAGGAGUCACCAACAAGUCUACAGAAAGCAAGGUCCAGCAGCUCGAGUGUUGCAUGGAGGUCAAUACCACCUGCACAGGCACAAACUUGUGUGACCCAGGCUGCUACAGGCACUGGAAUGCAGACGGGAGCACCAGCUGUGUCCGAUGCCAGAAUGGGACCCUCCUAGCCUACAACAGCUCCGAGUGCAGAAGCUUCACUGGCCAGGGAGCACAACUCCCCAUGAACAGGAGCACAGGGAUGCCUGGGCGACCACAUUUGGGAGGAACUUAUGUGGCGGCCUCCCUUUUCCUUGGGACGUUUCUCAUCAGCGCAAGCCUAAUUCUCUCUGUGGCUGGUUUCUUCUACCUCAAGCGUUCCAGCAAGCUCCCCAGGGUCUUCUACAGAAAAGAGAGAGCCCCUGUCCUGCAGCCUGGUGAAGCCGCUGCAAUGAUCCCUCCGCCACAAUCCUCAGUGAGGAAACCACGAUACGUCAGACGCGAGCGGCCCCCAGAAAGAUCCAGGGACCCCUCUGCCUUCUCUGCAGCAGAGGCCCGCGUCAGCAACGUCUAACCUGCAGGCCAGCCAAGACUCCAUCCUGCAGCAACGGGUUCCAAGGAGCCCAGCACACAAAAGGGCCAGGGUUGCUUGUGGCUUUUGGGACAGACCAGAAUAGGCUUCCAGAGACAGCGAGGGGAACCUGUCCCUGGAUCCCUGAGGUCCUGCCAUCCCACUCACUCUGUGUGACUUCACAGACCAGAGCGUGGGGCUUGGGAGCAAGAUGUAUGGGGAACUGGGCCCCUGAGUAGAAACACAAGGUCCUAGCAGCUACAGCCAAAACAUAGGCCUGAUCCAAAUAGCUGAGACCCACACAGCCUAUGGGGGCCACCACUGCUGAGCUGAGAGAGCUAGGGUUCUCCACCUUCUGGACUUCAUGGCAGAUAGGACCUCUUCAGCCCCAACAAGCCAAGUGACCCACACAGACCCCUCCAAGAGGAGGGAGACCAAGGCCCAGCCAGUGAAGACAGUUUGGGAACCAGCACCACAGACAGGUGGCUUCCAGAUCAGCCACAGCACCCUGAAACCCCCAAGGCCAGUUUGAGGAGCUAAGAAUCAAUUUCCCUGUUUGUUUGCUUCUUUGUUUUAAGCAGAAAUUCACUGUGCGGGGAAAGCCCAGAAGCCCUCUGCCUUCUGACCCCAACAGCCAGCUACUGAACCUGUGGACAGACCACAGCCAGCAGAUACCCAGUCAGAUGCCCACAGUGAAGUGUCCACCCACAGGACCUCCGCAUCUGAACCCUUUGCAUUACUGGGCCUUUUGGGCCUGGGAGGCCAUGUUUGCUCUGAUGGUCCUGUUAGCGGUGGCCCCUGGCCACUAGAAGAUACCCCUUGUCCUUAGUCUUGUGAUACCUGUUUAGUGUUUAGCAUUUACUGUUCAUACCAUUGUUGACACUGAUAAAGCUUGUUCUC